GUAGCUGCCGGAGACCCUGAUUCGACUAAGGCUGGAUCCUAACAGAAAAUGAGAAUUCCUGUUGCAAGAGUGCAAGCACUGCCAGCAACUGCAGCCAGUGGAACCAGGAAGAAAUACCUGAAAAGGGGAAUGACCCGUCGAGCGCUCACGUCAAAAACUGCCCGGAUGAAGUGGCAACGACUUGAACGUAGGGUCACAGAGAAUGACAACUUCCGGUAUGGAGACUGAUAUGAACAGGCUGCUAAAGCAACGUGAAGAACUCCCAGAAAGAAGAGAGAAACUUUCAAAAAGAAGGGAGAAGGCCGCCAAAGAGAAUGGAGAUGGGGAUAAAAAUGUACAUAGCAUUAAUGAGGAGACGGAAUCACCAACUGCGAACAUCGAUUACAUCAAUGAUAGUGUUUCUGAUUGUCAAGCCAAUAUCAUGCAGAUGGAGGAAGCAAAGGGGGACUCGUUUGGCGGGAAUCCCAAGCCCCCCGGAGCCCGGGAAGGAGCGGAGCGGAGCGACCCGAGUUCUCCGUCAACGAUGGGUCCUUUCCCAUGGACAUUCCUGGUCUUGGGGUAUCUGCUGUCAGGUCUGCGACGCGGAGCCUUCCAGUCCCCGGUUCCCGCCAUGACGCCGAAUGAGGAGGAGCUGGUGUUGCCCCUGAACAGGUCAUUCUCCCUGUGGUGCACCGGGGACAGCGAGAUCAGCUGGCGGUUCCCCACGCUGGAUGACGAGAGCUCCGGCGUGGCCAUCCGCAGUGAGAAGAACAACUGCAGCAACUUCCUGUCCGUGCUGGAGGUGGCCAACGCCUCAGCCGUGCACACAGGCCUCUACACCUGUUACUACAACGACACGCAGGCCCAGGGGACCGGGAUCAUAGGCCGGAAUAUCUACGUCUACGUGCCUGACCCUGACGUCACCUUUGUGCCCUCCGUCAUGGUCGACCGCUUCAUCGUCGUGGAGGAAGGCAAUUCCACCGUGAUCCCCUGUCGCCCCAGCGACCCGCAGGCGCAGGUGACCCUGCACUCCAGCGAUGGCAAGGAGGUCUCUGCCACCUACGACCGACGCAGAGGCUUCCUGGGUCACUUCGCCACGGGGUCCUAUACGUGUGAGACAACCAUCCGUGGCAGGAAGUUCCGGACCCCCGAGUUUAACGUCCACACCUUGCGAGUCUCCCAGGAGAUCGUCUUGGAGAUGGAGGCCCCGAAGACGGUAUACAAGACAGGCGAAACCAUCGUGGUCACCUGUUCCGUCCUGGACAUCGAGCUGGUCGAUUUCCAGUGGAACUACCCGGGGGAGGCGAGGGACAAGGGAGUCGUCAAGAUGGACAAGAUUACGGUCCCGUCCGUCAAGCUGGUGUUCACCCUCACGGUCCCCAAUGCCACGGCCAAGGACCGCGGCAGUUACGAGUGUGCCGUCGGCCACGUCACCAGGGAGGUGCAGCAGACGAAGAAGGUCACCAUCUCCGUCCUAGAGAAAGGCUUCGUCUGGCUCCAGCCUGUCUCCGACCCGGUGGAGGCCGUGAACCUGCACGCGAUCUGGCAUUUUGACGUGGACCUGGAGGCCUACCCCCCGCCCAGGGUGUCCUGGCUGAAGAACAACGAGUCGCUCACCAAGAACAUGACUGGGAUCUCCACUAGCCUGCAGAAGACCCAUGAGUACAGGUAUCAGAGCAGGCUGAAGCUGAUCCGUGCAAAGGAGGAAGACAGAGGGCACUACACAAUUGUGGUGCAAAAUGAGGAUGAUAUUGCGAGCUACACUUUUGAGCUGCGGGUUCACGUGCCGGCCUCCAUCUUGGAUCUGGUGGACGACCCCCACGGCUCGGAGGGUCGCCAGACCGUCCGCUGUGUCGCCGAAGGGAUCCCGCUGCCCGACAUCGACUGGCUGAUUUGCGCGGACAUUAAAAUGUGCAAAAAUGAGACCUUGUGGACCCUCCUGGCCACCAACGCAUCCGACAUCACCAUGGUGGCCCACAGGGGCGACCGGGACACGAUUGAGAGUCAGGUGACCUUCCAGCAGGUGGAGGAGACCCUGUUGGUUCGCUGCCUGGCCAAGAACCACCUCGGGGCCGUGACACGGGAGCUGAAGCUCAAGGCCCCCGUCCUGUGCAUUGAGGUGAACCUGGUUGCUGCCGUCCUGGUGCCCCUGGUUGUGAUCGUCUCCUUCAUCAUGAUGGUCAUCAGGUGGAAACAGAGGCCGCGCUCUGUGAUCCGAUGGAGGUACGUGGAGUCCAUGAGCCGGAACCGCCACGAGUCGUUCUGCAUGGAACCGGUGCUGCUCCCCUACGACUCGCGCUGGGAGGUUCCGAAGGACCAGCUGGUGCUCGGUCGACUCCUUGGGUCCGGAGCAUUUGGACAGGUGGUUGAAGGCACUGCAAACGGACUGAGCAAGUCCCAGCCCAAGAUGAAGGUGGCUGUGAAAAUAUUAGGAUCCACGUCUCGAUACAGCGAGAGGCAGGCCCUCUUGGUGGAGUUGGACAUCAUGAUGCAUCUGGGCCCCCAUCUGAACGUUGCCAACCUCCUGGGAGCCUGCACCCAAUCAGGACCCAUCUACAUCAUCAUGGAGUACUGCCUCUACGGCGAUCUGGGCGACUACCUGCGCAAGAACCGCAAUAGGUUCCUGGCUGUCCACUCGGAGAAGACGGAGGAAGAGCUGGACACCUUGAGCCCCGACGACAAGAGCACCAUUAAUUACGCCUGUCUCACAUCUGAAAAAAAUCGGGACGACGCGGACGUGACACAGGAGGUCGGCACGCAGAACGUGUCCAAGUUGGAGAGGAAAGAAUCGUCCGAGCAUGUGGACUUGCAUAAAUGCCUGUGCCGCGACAAGAAGUCCAUAUCGGGACCACUGGCAAAACCUGAAGUCCUGGACCUCCUGUCAGAUGACGGUUCAGAAGGCUUUGGCGUGCUGGAACUGCUGAGCUUUUCCUACCAGGUGUCCCGCGGGAUGGAGUUCUUGGCUUCGAGAAACCAUUUCAAUACUUCUACCCCGACCCUGUGCAUCCAUCGGGACCUGGCCGCACGGAACGUCCUGCUGACCCGAGGGAAGAUCGUGAAGAUCGGCGACUUUGGGCUGGCGAGGAAUCUCAAGCAAAACUCCAGCUACAUGGCUAAGAGCUGCCAGAUGUUCCUGCCCGUAAAGUGGAUGGCCCCGGAGAGCAUCUUCGACAACCCCCCCGCUGGCCUGCCGGAAGGGACUGGUCACCAGCUUCCCUCCUGGAUACCCACCCUCAUGCUGUGUGCCCCAGCGCGGAUCCAGCACGAACUCCUCGUCUGUGGCUCUGUCCAAUCUCCUCCAUCCCUGUUGGCGUUUCAGGCUGAGCAGCUUUUUGGGGAAGGGAGUCCCGUGCUCACCCCCUUUCCUUGUGUCGCCCUUUGGCCUUGCCAGCUUCUCAUUCUUGUGAGAGUCCCUUACCCCGACGCCAAGGUGUCUGGGGACCACAAAUUCCCCAUCCGCCCUGCCCACCUCUCCACGGCUGUGGAACUGGCAAUCCGGUCUCCCGAGUGCUGGCUAAGUCACCGAAGGCCGGACCCUCCGAGGCCGCGAGGGCACACCGCGGUUGACGCAAAUGGUACCGCUCUGUCCGCAGGGAGCACACCCUACCCGGGCAUAACGGUCAACGCCACAUUUUAUGAGAAGAUCAAGAGCGGCUAUCGAAUGCCCAAGCCGGAACACGCCACCAGCGAGGUAUAUGACAUCAUGCUCAAGUGCUGGAACAAGGAACCCGAGAAGAGACCAUCCUUCUACGAGCUGAGCGAGACAGUGGAGAGCAUGCUGCCCAGCCACUACAAGGAGAGGUACGAGAAAAUCCAACAGGACUUCCUGAAGAGUGACCACUCGGCCGUGGCCCCGACAAGAGGUGAGAGGGUCAAGCCACACGUGGGUGACACCUGUGAGAACGAGGAGUGGGAGGACAGCUUGGACAGGCGGAGACUCAGCUGCGCCGACAGUGACUACGUCAACCCCCUAUUGGACUCCGACACCAGUGAGGAGGACGACCUCAGCAAGAGUAACAGGUACAGGUACCUGCUCCCCGGCCACCCCCUCCACACCCCCCAGCUCCAUGGGGCAGCUUUGCAGGGUCUGGUCUUCCAGGAGGAGUGGGAAGGCGGUGAGCGGAGCAUGUCGGGCUGGAAGGUCGGUCCCCCCGAUGCCCCUGGGGCCGUGGUGCCAUUCCGGCGCUCCCCUAUGUUUGAAGAUAGCGGCGCCGAGACGGUUUCCACCAGCUGGUUCUACACCCAGGUAGAGAACAAGACCGGCGAGGACAUCGACCCGGCGGACAAUGACGCUGACAGGAAUCGUUGGAGCAGGGUCGCGGCCACAGCUGAGACGAGAAUGGAGCAGAGAGCAGAGCUCAUCGUCGCAGCUUCUAGCGAAAUCUGA